CAAUCAAAAAAAAAGGACAAGGAUUAAUCUAUUAUCAAUUUAAUAAUUAACAUGUUAGACGAUAGCAAUGCAAUGUCGCAAAUGAAUCCUUGUCAAUCAAGAGUACCUUUACAAACUAAUCAAAAUAAUUUUCAAACAUAUCAGCAAACGAAUAAUCAACAAAGCACGCAAUGCUCCGGCUGGCCUGGGAAUUCUCAAGCUACCCGAUUACUUCUCAGAAAGAUACCGGGAUCGAAUAUAACCACGACGAUGGAGGAUACCAUGGAGAGAGCUCAAAGAUCUAUCAGCGCUCUCAACAAGGAUCAAUUAUUGGGCGAGUCUAGGAACUCUCAGCAAGUGAACGCUCUGAUAAAUCUUCACAUGACCGCAAAUCCACCGGCCAACAUAAUUCCGAUCCUAACGUUGGUCCAGCUUAAAGUAAACGUUCUAAAGGCACAGGUGGAAAACCUGAUCAAUACAAAACUGAUGGAAACUCAGGGUUUGGAGAUAGAAGCAACCGAUUCGAUAGAUCCAACUAUUCUUGCUCUGAAGACCGAUGCCGAACUCCGUGAAUUUCUUGUAAUUUUAAAACAAAAGGAAUGCGACGAAAGAGUGAACCUAAAUUUUGCGCCUUAUCGUUCUCAGCGGGUCAUCGCUGAAAGCAGAUUGAGUAACGUUCAGAAAAAGAUUCAACAGAUCGAAGUUGAAUUCGAAAGAAGAAGAUGCAAUGUUGCACCGUCUAUACCGUUGUCUUCUAGAAUCGUACGAGAAUUCGCCGAAACACCGGGUAAUUUUUCGAGCCAUUCAGGUUAUCCAGAUCUUACAAUAUCGAAAAGAAAGACGAUAGAAUCACGGGAAUCUCCGGAUCCUUUUGCGAUUACGAUCAAAUCUCCAAGAAAACUUCGACUGAAACCACAUGUUGGUAGUCCCGAAACGACCUACGAUUAUUCGAACAAAAAGAAAGACCAGGUGAAAACCACGUGCAAUGACAAAGGUUCUCAGAUAGAAUCAAAAACGAAAGAGAAAAAACGAACUGAUCGUACUAACCUUAAAAAUUGUAACUGUUACGAUGAAAGUUCCUCUGAAGAGAGUUCAGAGGAGGAUAAAAAAAAAAAACUUCAACUACAAAUCGACAAGAGAGGAAAUGUGACUGUGACUAGCGAGGCUAAACUAAAGAAUGUGUCCUUCAUGAAGUUGGCAUCAAACGUUUCUCUUCGAACUGUAAAGCCAAGCGAUGUUUUCGAAAAGAGAGAUCGUAAAGUGAAACCUACUCGAACCGAGAUAGAUUCGAAUGAUAUCCGUGAACCGUCCUUGCCUACUGUUCCGAAGGUCGAAGAAAUCUCUGAGGUUACGGAAACUGAUGAGCCCUCUGUUAGCGCCGAUGUCGAUCUUGUGCCAGAUGUGAAACCGUACGAUACGGUUGGCGAAAAGAAAAGGGAAAGUAUCGAGAGUGCGGAGUUAACUUUGGAUGAAUUCAAGGACGAUGCCGACAAGGACAAAAAAGAGGAAACGAAAGUUUCUAUAUCCGAUGUUAAUAUCACCGAUGAAGAAAAGAUUAAAAAGAUCGUUAAUUUGUCACAUUUUAAAGAAUUAACUCCUUCGAGUGAUAAAGAGGUUCAAAUUCCUGAGAGUAAGUUAGAUAAGACAAGUGCGAGUAUCGAAGAAGGCGUAAUAGAAGUUGAUAAGAUAAAGACCAAUGCGUUAACCGAGGAAUCGCGAAAGAAAAUUUCGACGAACGAUUUCGAAGAAAAAUUAUACGCCGUAAAAGAAGAAAAAAUCGACGAUAUCCCAAUAACAAAAACGACAAAAACGGAGAGAAUGAUGGAAGUUGAUAGUCCUAAGAAAACUUUCGUAACCACGACGAGUAUAAAAAUCGAACCUACGAAGAUUGACGAGGAAUAUAUCGAUGAACCUACGGCGGGAAAUUCGAAAGUCGUCGAUGAACUUUCUGUUAAACCAAAGAAAACAUUUCUGACGACUUUGAAAAUUGGUAAUUCGGUAAAACCAGAAAUUAAAGAUGAAACGAAGAGAACGAUCGAAGUUGAGAGACCUAAGGAAACGUUCAUAAGCACGGCAAGUAUAAAAAUCGAACCUCCAAAGAUUGAAGAAGAAUAUAUCGAUGAAUCUAUAGCAGAAAGUUCGAAAAUCUCCGAUGAACUUACUGAAAAACCAAAGAAAACAUUUCUGACGACUUUGAAAAUUGGUAAUUCGGUAAAACCAGAAAUUAAAGAUGAAACGAAGAGAACGAUCGAAGUUGAGAGUCCUAAGAAAACAUUCAUAAGCACGGCAAGUAUAAAAAUCGAACCUCCAAAGAUUGACGAAGAAUAUAUCGAUGAAUCUAUAGCAAGAAGUUCGAAAAUCUCCGAUGAACUUACUGAAAAACCAAAGAAAACAUUUCUGACGACUUUGAAAAUCGGUAAUUCGAUAAAACCCGAAAUUAAAGACGAAACGAAGAGAACGAUCGAAGUUGAAAGUCCUAAGAAAACGUUCAUAAGCACGGCAAGUAUAAAAGUCGAACCUCCAAAGAUUGACGAAGAAUAUAUCGAUGAAUCUAUAGCAGGAAGUUCGAAAAUCUCCGAUGAACUUUCUGAAAAACCAAAGAAAACAUUUCUGACGACUUUAAAAAUUGGUAAUUCGGUAAAACCAGAAAUUAAAAACGAAAAGGAGAAGACGAUUGAAGUUGGAAGACCUAAAAAAACGUUCAUAAGUACGGCAAGUAUAAAAAUCGAACCUCCAAAGAUUGACGAAGAAUAUAUCGAUGAACCUAUGGCAGAAAGUUCGAAAAUCUCGAAAGAACUUUCUGAAAAACCAAAGAAAACAUUUCUAACGACUUUGAAAAUUGGUAAUUCGGUAAAACCAGAAAUUAAAGACGAAACGAAGAGAACGAUCGAAGUUGAGAGUCCUAAGAAAACGUUCAUAAGCACGGCAAGUAUAAAAAUCGAACCUCCAAAGAUUGACGAAGAAUAUAUCGAUGAAUCUAUAGCAGAAAGUUCGAAAAUCUCCGAUGAACUUUCUGAAAAACCAAAGAAAACAUUUCUGACUACUUUGAAAAUCGGUAAUUCGGUAAAACCCGAAAUUAAAGACGAAACGAAGAGAACGAUCGAAGUUGAGAGUCCUAAGAAAACGUUCAUAAGCACGGCAAGUAUAAAAAUCGAACCUCCAAAGAUUGACGAAGAAUAUAUCGAUGAAUCUGUAGCAGGAAAUUCGAAAAUCUCCGAUGAACUUUCUGAAAAACCAAAGAAAACAUUUCUGACUACUUUGAAAAUCGGUAAUUUGGUAAAACCCGAAAUUAAAGACGAAAAUGAGAAAACGAUCGAAAACAGAGAUUCUAAAAAAACAUUCGUAACAAAGGCAUUCAUCAAAGUCGAACCUGAGGAUCACGAAGAGAAACAAUUAAAGACAAAACUAUUUAAAAGCAAUCCGAUAGAAAUGAGAAUAAAUCUGAACAAUAAAGAAGGUUAUGAAAAUCAUGAAAGGGAAAACGCGAAAGUUCAAUCGGGAAAAUCAUCUGGCAGUUUAUAUAAGUCAACUGUGAAUUUCGUUUUGAAAGGAACUGAUGAAAAUGAUCUGAAGAAGAGCGUAGGUACGAAUACUAUCGCGGCAAUAUCGAUAGGAAAGAAAGAAGAUGAAGUGAAAGAGAAGGAAAAAUCGGACGUAGGAACAAACGAAAAGAUCGUAUCGAUGUUGACGGAGAUUAAAUACGACGAACCCGAAGCAAUCGCCGAGCUAUUUCGAAGCGCGUUGACUCGAAAUUUUCAGUUGGAUAACGAUAUCGUCGAUCGAUCCUGCGAAUCGAAAUACGAAAGCUCGGAAACAGGGAACUAUUAUACGAUGGCUUUAUCGUUCCCAGAAAAUCGCUUCCCAUGGAAAAUCGAUAUCAAGAAGCACGAGAACGGUAUAAAACAUUUGAAUAAUCAAAGCCGAGAUGCUGAAAAUACAUUUCAUCCGAAGGAAACAUGGAGCAAACUAAAUACAUGCAAGUAUAAUACUGAAACGACAAGAUUUCCGUUCGUAAAUUGCGAUCGUGAUACUUCGAAUAUUACCAUCCAAAAUAACAGAGGUAUAUUAUCGGAAAUAAUCUCUUUAAUAAGUAAUCAGAUAUCAUAUUUCGGUAGUGCGAUCAAUAAAAUUCCGUUAUUCGGAAAUAUUCCAUUGAGUUUUGAUGGAUCUGUGCCUGAUAAGAUUAAUUUGACAUCGAGUAAUUAUUAUUCAAAGAGUAGGUCGAAAGAUUUCGAAAAGAUUUGGGCCGAUCCUUGCAAAGAAUAUCUUGCAAUAUUCGAAGACGUUAGGAAGCUCGACGAUGAUGAAAUAGAAAAUCUUGAUUGUUUUGUAGCGUCCAAUUCGAAACGAUCGAUUAAAAAGUUAGAUAAAAAGGUACGACGCGUUAUCAGGAAUGGCUCGUCACGUAUACCAAGGAAAGACGAUAACAAAGAGAUACGUGAUAGGUUGAGAUAUAUGAUCAUCAAAGACAAGGAUAAUAAAAAAAGUUAUUUGAUGCCUGAGGAUUCGUUUCGCGGUCACAACUCGCAACCCUAUCCAAGACCAAAUCUUGCUCGACCGUACAAGAUACGAAGAAAUUUGCUGAUCCGUAGUCGUCUCAAAGACUGCAACGCGUUCAAACAAAAUCUUCCUCCUUUCACAAUCGUAAAACGAACGCACGUUGGAAACCGGAAAUCUUUUUGUGAUACGACCGAAGAGGAAAAGAGGAGACGAACGUUUUCUCGCGUAAAGAAUGUCAAGAAAGACGAAAACUUCUUUUCCUUGCCUUUGAUAAAGGAAAAGAAUUCGAAAAUUAGUUCUACGCUUGAGAAAUCGUCCACGUCAAAGGCAAUACCCAACGAAUCUGAUACAAAGACCACAGCAACUUUCUUUUCAAACGAUUCCUGAGUAUCCAUAAAAAAAAAAACGUCACUUUCGAGUUUCAUGAUUAUUGAAAGUACUAUUUUAAAAAACAACAAAAAAGAAAAAGAAAAAAGAACACCAAUAGUUUCCAAUAAAAAUAAUUCCUAAUUAUUUUUAAUAAAAAAAAAGAGAAAAGGGGAAAGAAUAUCUCAAUGAGACAAGAUACAUUAUAAUUUCUUUUUCUUUAUUUAAUAACUUCUACUAUCUCGUCAAAUAAUUGUUUUACCGCUAUAGCCGUUUAAUUAAGAAUUCGAGAAACUUGGCGUAGUUAUAGAUACUACAACAAAAUCCAACAGCCGAAUAUUCGUAUAAUAAUAGAUUUGUUUUUGUAUACUAUAGCGGGAGGAAAAUGAGUGAAAGGAAGGGGGUGAUAUGAAAAAGUAUAUAUGUAUGUAUAUAUCUAUGUAUGUAUGACAACGUAUACAUACAUAUAGAAUUUUUCAAUUGCUCGCACACAUACACACGCAACACGCACACGCACACUCGACAAAUACUAAUUUCAAAUUAAAUUUUCGGUAUGAUCGUAGAAUCCGUAUCAUUUGUUACAUUCAAUAAACAUCAGAGUAUAAUUUCACUUUAAUACCUAUAUAGAUAAAUAUGUGUAUGUGUGUGUGUUUGUGUGUGUAUAUACAUAUAUAUAUAUAUAUAUAUAUUAAAUUUCUUACAGUCUAAAAAAUGAAUUGGUAAUAAAAAAAAUUAACAGAUUUGAAACUCACACACUGAUCAUAAAUGAAAUUUUAAUAUCGUGAUAGAUAAAAAUGACAUAUUGUAUAAGUUGAAAUCUAAAAAUCGAUGGUAAUCUAUUG